AUGGAAGCUAAGUAUGGGAGUUAUGAAGAGAGUUACAAACUAGUUCCUCAGUUUUGUAAGAUGGUGUGUGACUCCAACAAGGAUUCAGUUGGAACUUUUUUUGUUGGAGCUAUCGAAGGAUGGAAGGAAGGGUGUAGAUCAGUUGUUGGGAUAGAUGCUUGUCAUCUAAAUGGUAAGUGUGGUGGUGUGUUGAUGGCUGCAAUUGGGUUAGAUGGUCAAAAUGGUUUAGUCACAUUAGGAAUUGGCGUUUUUCCUGCUGAAACAAUUGAGAAUUGGACUAUGUUCCUCACUGACUUGAAGCCACUACUCUUAAGCCAUGAAAAUCCAUUGACAUUCAUUUCAGAUAGGCAAAAAGGGCUUCUUAAAGCUGUUCAUGAUGUGUUCCUAGACUCAUAUCACAGAUAUUGUUGGAGGCACUUGUAUAACAAUUUCAAGCAGCACUUUAAGGGACAAAAGUUGUAUAGCUUACUGUGGAAUGCAGCCAAAUGCUACAAGAAGAAACAUUUCUAUAAACAUAUGGAAGAUAUGAAGAAGGAGAAUCCUGCUGUUGUGAUGUACCUUGAAAAGGCUGGUUUUGAGUCAUGGUCUAAGGCCUUUUUUGAUGACACUAGUAAGUGUGAACACCUAAAUAACAACUUUAGUGAGUCAUUUAAUUCCAUGGAAAAAAACCUUAGGGACAACCCAAUAUGUAGACUAGGAAUUCUUUAUAAUCAGUUGGUUCUGAGUUUGUUUCACAAAAGAAGAAAAGAAAGUGAAAAAUGGAAUCCAAAUGGAUUGGUUCCUACUGCUAUGAAACUGAUUGGUAAAUUGUGUAAGUUGGUUGGUGCUUUUAAAGUAGACCCAUGUGUGAGUGGUAAAUUGUAUGAAGUUACAAAUGAGGGUAGCAAGGCAGUUUUUAUUGUGAACUUGGAAGAAAAGCAGUGCAGUUGUCUACAAUGGCAACUCAGAGGGUUUGUUUGUCAACAUGAUGUUUGUUGUUUGAAUCCAUCCAGACCUGAUUGGACAAAGUAUUGCUCUUAUUAUUACUCAGUUGCUGCAUACAGAGCCACAUAUGCUCAAGUUGUCUUUCCAUUUCCUCCUCAAGAAGAUUGGCCUGAGGUACUUUCAGUCAUUUUUUGGAAGAACAUGAAAAGGUUGAAUUGGAAUCUGCUAUCAAGAUCAGGAAAUCAGGAAGGCCUUGAGUUAAGAGGAGGAGAGCAUGGGAUGAGCCAAAAGUACCUACAAAGACCUGCUCCUCAGAAGAAGCAAUCAUCUCAACCAUCUGGGAUUAGAAAAACAACAGUUGCAUCUUCUUCUAAAGCUAAGAAAGCUCCUGCUAAAGCUUCUAUAACUUCAAAGAAGAAGAACAUGAGUCAGACAAAUAAGCUGAAGAGAAGCAAAGUUGAUGGUGCAGUGGACAACUUUCAAAGCAGUGAUCAUCUACUCCACAAGCUUGACAGCUUUUAUCUGAAGAUUGAAGCAAUGCUCUUACACCAUUACAGGGACACAUGCUUGCACCUAGAAUAUAGCCAAGGACACACUUUUGUGUCAUGA